UCGAGUAUGUACGGAGUAGAUGUAGGCAGAGUAGGUAUUGUAUCCGAGUGUAAGUGAUGGCAUUCGCGGAUGCUGAUGGUGAUUCGGUGAAUACCUAUUCGUACUCACAGAAUGCCUCCCGGCUGUAUCCGUACCCUACUACCGGUCUUCGAAUGUUUGAAGAUGCUGUGGGCAGCGGACGUUGGUUUGGUGUUUGUUUCUUUGCUUCCAUUGUUUCCGCUUCAUCCUCUCCAUCUGAUGAACAUCUCUCGCCCACAACCCGUAGGUAGGUGCCAAGAAGAAGAAACAAUAUUGCCAUCGUCGUCGCAGGUCGUCAGCCUCGCUCGGAUUCGCAAUUGGGUUACGAGCAGGUAAACUAUCGUCACCACCAAAACACUACUGCGUACUCCGUACGGAGUACUCGAUAGAGUAAUGUCAACGUCUCCAGAGUUCAAGUCGGUAUAUUGCGCAGGUAGGAUACGGGUACUUCGUACGGAAGGGGGGCUUCUCCGCCCCCAGGGACCGUCGGCCGUCGUCACCGA